CUGACACUCUCACUCUCGCUCUAUCUCUCUCUCUCUCUAAACAUUUCUCUCUCUAGAACCUGCGACUGCUAAGUCUGAGAGAGAUGGAGCGGAACAACAUCUUCACCAUCGCACUCAUCUGCCUUCUCGUCGCCGGCGUCGGAGGACAGGCUCCGUCAUCCGCGCCCACUAACUCUCCGGCCACUCCAGUCGCCACCCCUCCAGCUACUACACCAGCUGCAGCUCCCAAGCCCAAGUCACCAUCUCCAGUUGCCACCCCCAAAUCUUCUCCCACUCCGGCAUCGGCUCCACCCAAGCCGGCCGCUGCUCCCACUCCGGUGGCCACUCCCCCUACCUCUACCGUCUCACCCCCAUUGCCGACUCCUGAGAGCUCCCCACCGGCUAAGGCUCCGGUCAGCUCUCCACCGGCCAAAUCUCCUCCGGCAGCCGCCCCUGCUCCCGCAGCUGAGCCACCCAGUACUCCUGAGGUCCCCGCUCCGGCUCCCAGCAAGAAGCCGAAGCACAAGUCUCCGGCCGCUGCUCCAACUCGCAAGAGCAAGAGCAAGAAGCCGAAGCACAAGUCUCCGGCGGCUGCUCCGACUCCGGAUGUAGCCAGCCCACCGGCGCCAGAGGGACCUGAUGCUUCGUCUCCCGAUGCUUCGUCUCCGGGUCCUUCUACAGCAGCUGACGAUCAGAGUGGUGCCAUGACGAUCAGGUCCCUGCACAAGGUGGUCGGAUCCAUCGCAUUGGGAUGGGCAGUAUUGGCAUUAUACUAAAAGAGGAAGAGGAAGAGAGAGUGAGACAGAGAGGACGCGGUGUUUGUUGUAAUGCUGUCAGCUGUCAUUAUUUUAAUCUUUUGUCGGGCGUAGUGUUGUUGGGUUAGAGUUGAUAUUUAAUUUACCAUUUAAAACGGGUUGCAUGUGCAUGUGAUUAUUAUUUUACUGCCUGCCCGGCAGAUCUGGUUCCCCUUGUAUUCUUUGACACAUGAUCUCAAUUAUUACCGUUGGACUGUUCCUUUUA